AUGGCAUCAAUAGGUCAUGCAGUUGAAUUUCAGGACUACUUCCCUUCCAUGUUGGAGGGACUGGGAACACAAGGAUUUAUGUUGGAGCUGUGUAAUGGGUUUCGUUUGCUAAUGGAUAGUGAUAAGGGGCUAAUCACGUUCGAGAGCUUGAAGAGAAAUAUUGUGCUACUAGGGCUGCAAGAGAUGAGGGAUGAUGAGCUUGUGUGCAUGUUAAUGGAAGGUGAUUUGGAUGGAGAUGGGGCUAUAAAUCAGAUGGAAUUUUGUAUUCUCAUGUUCAGAUUGAGUCCAGGGUUUAUGGACGGAUCAAAGCAAUGGAUGGAAGAACUUUCUGCAAAUGAAAUGUAG